AACAGCCAUUAAUUGUCUUAGGAAAUUAUGUCGUCUGCAGCUCCAGUUACUCUGAAGAGCGCAAUAGAAAGCAUGUUGACCUGGACAAACCUAAAAAAUAACAAGACUACAGAAGAAUCUAAAAUGCAUCAGAAAAACAAACACAUUUUUAAUAUUGUUAUGACUCCUGAUCGUAUUCCUCAGUUUUUUAUUCCUUCACUGGAUCUGAGCCAUUCAUACAUUCAUGUGGACCUAAAGGAAAAUCAUGAAAAUUCAGUCACAAAAGGAAGAGGGGAAGAUAAAACAGCUGUAAUCCAUAGCCUUGACAGAAGUGAAUCUGAAACAAACACAAGAAAAGAAUGUGCUUUCAAGAGAAAAAUUCUUUUAAAAAAGUCAUCAGCAAACUCAGUAGAUGGGGCUGAUCUCUCCUGGGAAAUGGAAAGAGCAACUGACCAUGCAGACCCUGCAACAAGAGCAGCAUUGUCCUUGCCUCAUUUCCCCAAAAUCACUACCCCUUAUGGAUUUUUGGCACUCGGAGAAAGUCCACACAUUCGAAGAAAAGAAUCCCUCUUUUUUGAACAUGAUACAACAGACAUAAGAACUUUGUUUUCACAAAGGAAGACAUUGUUUCUAUCUAGGAGCCGAUCCAACCCACUCAGUGAAAGCAGGCAGUCUGCAAAGUUUACCAACUCUUCUGCAUCUAUGAAAACCAGUCGAUCUGCAUCAUGUGAAGCAAUCGCUAGCACCUUUACUCCCUUGUCACUGCCUCUGCCACAGAGUAAUGAAGAAUGCUGUCUUAAGUCUGAAAAGAAAACAUUUCAGAGUUUAAUUGAAAAGCAUCUUUCCCACAUUAAGAGAAUGAGAUCAAGCAACUCCACUUCAGAAAGGCAAAAAUCUGCCUUAGAAAGAACACAGAGUAACCCAUUUGCUUAAUGUUCAAUCUUAAAAGUUAAAUUAAAAGUCUUCCAUUUACUACCAUGUUUUGUUUACAGUCUCCUGAUGAGACACCAUUCACUGCUCUGUUUUGUUUACACUCUCCUGAUGAGAUUGUAAAACUGCUAUAGUAUUAUAAAGUUGUUGCUGCGGAUAUGGUAAGUUUUCUUUGUUACAGUUUCUGCAGUGACAGUUUACUUAACAUCUUCACUUGAACAAAGUAUGUACAUUAAAGUAUUUGUGCUCUGUAUCACUUUUGGCAAUCUAGAUAUGUCAUGACCAUUGUUUUAUUUAUAAUGUAUAUUUUGGUACAGGCAGUUUUAGAGAAUGUUAUAUUACAUGAAAUAAAUGUACUAACAUAAAAAGUGUUUUUUCCUUGUCAUUUAAAAAAUACAGCGAUUUUGUUAAACAGAUAUAUAAUGUUAUCAUUUGGAGAAAAGGAUGCCUUAAUUCCCUCAAAAGUUGUAGUAUUGGAAUUUAUUGUUUAUUUUAUGAUGUCAUGCUUAAAAAGGAUAUAACUUCACACCAGGAACAGUAGGUAGACCAUAUGAUCUUUUAUACAUCUGACCGUUCUUUUUUUUAUAUUUUUAUGUAAUGAA